UAUCGAUAGGAGCUCUAUCACGUAUAUAAAUAAAUUUUGAAAUUUCUAAAAUCAAAAGUGAAUUAAAGAUAGAAGGGAAUUUUCUUUAUGCUUGAUGACAAAUGGCGAAUUCAAUACUAUCCCGGCGGAGUUCGUCGGGGAGCUUUGUGAUUCCGGAGUCGGAGAACGACCGCCGGGUAUCUCUUACAGGCUAUUCAAACAUUGUGCUGGAUGUUUCAACAAAUCAUCAAAAUAAUGAUGAGGAUAAAAAUAAAGUCAGAGUAAGAUUUGCUGACUUGCCUUCGGUGGGUUUGGACAUGUCUGGAUUCGGGGUGGACAAGACCGUGAAGAGGAAAUACUCGGUAGCCUUGCAAACCCUUAAACCUUUCAGGCCUUCGUCGAAAGAUGGAAAACUACCGUUGAAUAAUGCUGGAUUUUUCUCGUACAUAUUCCUGACAUGGCUUUCUCCCCUGGUAUGGAAAAUGUAUCGCCAUCGGUCACAACCUGUAGCUGAAAGUGACAUUUGGGAAUGUUCGGACCAGGAAGGCGUGUCCGAAAACACUGAAAGAAUGAUGCGACUUUGGAAGGAAGAACUAGAGAAGAAUGGCGAGAAGAAGGCGUCAUUUAUGAAUGUGUGGACAAAAUUUAUAUUCACGAGGACUCUAAUUUCAUUAUGUAUAAUCACUCUCUUUGCACUAGCCUCUUUUAUCUCUUCUGCUAUCCUUGUCAAUCAAAUAAUUGGUUAUCUGGAGUCACCUGGAUACAACUUGGCGUUUGGUUUGGGCUUAUCAGCAGCGAUGUUUGGGUCUGAAAUGAUGAGGACUCUAUCAUUUUCUGCACUGAUGAUAGUAGGAUCUCAGACAGGUACGAGGUUCCGGUCUGGAUUUAUGGGCAUUAUGUAUGAUAAGCUCUUGAAAAUGCGGGUCGUGAAAGGGAAGACCAACGCUGAGAUUAUAAAUGUGUUUAGUGUAGAUUCGUACAGAGUCCACAUGGCAACCUGGUUAUCGCCAUUUCUAAUUUCUAUUCCAAUCUACCUCAUUAUUGCUACAAUCUAUUGCUACACAUUGAUCGGAUUCUGGUGCUUUGUCUCCAUUGGAACAUUUGUCGUCUGCUACAUUGCCCAGACUCUUCUCACAAGAUUCAUCGCGUCGUUGAGAAGAAUAUGUGCCCAGUACACAGACCUAAGAGUAAGAAGAAUGGGAGAGAUCAUAAACAGCAUGAAAUUUAUUAAGAUGUAUGCCUGGGAGAAACCUUUCAAGGACACCAUCAUAGAUGUACGAAAGACGGAACAGAAGUAUUUGUUGUAUUCUGCCUUGUUAUAUGCAGUGGUCAGCUCAAUAAUUCCUGUUACACCAACUAUAGCCUCAGUUAUAACAAUUACAGUCUAUACUGCCGCCGGGAAUACCCUCACUGCCUCUACAGCCUUCGCUAUUAUCGGGACGAUGUCAUUUUUGAAGACGAUUGUUGCCAUUAUACCACAGUCAUUACGAGCAUACGGGGAGGCUAAAGUUAGUUUUGCAAGAUUAAAGCGUCUUUUGUUGAUGGAAGAGUACAUACCCCCUUCAAAUGAAGUGUAUGACAAGGAGAAUGUUGUGGAGAUAAAAGCUGCCAACUUCAUAUGGGAUAAUAUAUUAGAUCAGAGCAGUCAAGUAAAUGUAGAUAAAUUUGCUAAAAGAUCAAGUGUUACAAGUCUUGAUAGUUCAAGGAGAGAAAGUAUUAGCAAUUUUGCGUUAUCUGAUAUAAAUUUUGAAGUAAAACAGGGAAAAUUGGUAGGUAUUUGUGGGUCAGUUGGUUCAGGAAAGUCAUCUCUAAUGUCAGCAGUUAUGGGAAGGAUGUUACUACAGAAAGGUCAUCUAGCUGUAAAUGGAGACGUAGCAUAUGUAGCUCAACAAGCUUGGAUAUUCAAUGCCACUUUGAAGGAAAAUAUCUUGUUUGGCCAGCCAUAUGAUAAAGAAAGAUAUGAAAAAGUUAUCAGCUGUUGUGGACUAGAAACAGAUCUUAGGCUUCUAUCUGAUGGAGAUGAAACGGAGAUUGGUGAACGUGGAGCUAAUCUUAGUGGUGGACAAAAACAACGUGUAAAUUUAGCACGUGCAGUGUACAGUCAAAGUGACAUCUUUAUUCUAGAUGACCCUUUAUCAGCUUUAGAUGUAAAAGUUGGAAAACAAAUAUUUCAUACAUGUAUUAAAGGUGUUCUGAAAGAGAAGACAGUUCUACUAGUAACACAUCAAUUACAGUAUCUAAAACAUUGCGAUGAGGUUAUAGUAAUGGAAGAAGGUUGUAUCGAGGAAAAGGGUCAACACCACGAGCUCCUAGCUUCAAAUGGCUUGUACACGAGUAUGUUUAAAAUAUUUGACAAGACAACAAUGAAAGUUAGAAAACCCGAGAAUUCAGGCGACGGGGAACCUGGGUCAUACAUCAAGAGUACACCAAUUAUAGCAACAAAUAAAAAACCUGAAGAAAAUGGGCUUAAGAAAAACGGGAUAUUGAAAUCAUCUAAGAAAAAAAGUAAAGGAAAGCUUGUAUUGGCUGAGGAGGCAGCAAUUGGUGACAUCGGGUUUGGGACAUACUUGGCAUACAUUCGUGCUGCAGGGGGUUGGUUGGUGGCUUUCCUUGUGAUCUUGUCAUUCUUUAUAUCAGCUGGGUCACUCGUAUUUAGUGAUUGGUGGCUAAGUCAAUGGAUAACAUCACUUACAACUAGCUCUGGCAAUGAAAGUGACAGAGCAAGUGAUAAUACCACGUUAAUGACAUCAACAGCUGUUUCAACUUCUUCCAUAUUAUUGUCUAACUCUAGCAAAAGUGUAUACCUAGCAGAUAUGUCAAGCGAUCCGAUCAGUUAUGACACUUACUUUUCUGUAUAUAUUGCCUCCUUGGCCGGCAUCAUAUUUCUACAGCUCUUCAAAAGUUUCAUCGCAGCAAAGACGGCUAUAACGGCGUCAAAUAAACUUCAUGAAAUAUGUCUGGACAAAGUGGUUAAAGCUCCAAUGUCCUUUUUUGAUUCCAAUCCAGUCGGUAGAAUUCUAAAUCGAUUCUCUAAAGAUCUUGACGAAGGUGAUGUAUUCAUACCACAAUUUACCAACACGUUACUUCAGAUACUUUCAUUAGUUAUACUAUCUGUGGCAAUGGCAGCCUAUAUAAUACCAUGGAUUUUGAUAGCAAUUGUACCUGUGGUCAUUGUAUUUUAUAUCAUGAAGCAAAUAUCGACGGUAUCAGUACGGCAGUUGAAGCGGUUAGAAAAUAUAUCAAGAUCACCUCUUAUAAGUCACGUUAAUGUGACGUCACAAGGAUUAUCAACAAUUGUUGCCUACCGACAACAAGAACGUUUCUUUGACAGUAUAUGCGAUACUAUAGAGGAACAGUGUCGUAAAGACGACGUUACGUUAGCGGGAACGACAGGCAGACAACGUUACGUUGGCGGGAAGAAGAGUUCAUACGACGUCAUUUCCGUUGCAUUGUUAUUUUACCGUUAA